AUGUCGAGGACGGAAACGGAUCUUGCGCAGAACAUUCGAAAGGCGACGAGUAUAGAGGAAACAGCACCAAAACGGAAACAUGUUCGAGCUGCCAUCGUCUAUACGUGGGAUCAUAAGACUUCUCAGUCAUUUUGGGCGGGCAUGAAAGUGCAACCUAUAUUGGCAGAUGAGAUACAAACAUUCAAAGCACUUAUUACCAUACACAAAGUCCUACAAGAAGGCCACCCAGUCGUUCUCAAGGAGGCCCAGCAGAAUAUUAAUUGGGUGGAAAGUCUGGCUAGAGGAGUGAACGGGGAGGGUCUGCGAGGCUAUGGCCCGCUGAUCCGCGAAUACGUUUUCUUUCUCCUGGCAAAGCUUGCCUUCCACCGACAACAUCCUGAAUUCAAUGGGCUGUUUGAGUACGAAGAGUAUAUCAGCCUGAAAUCAAUCAACGAUCCGAAUGAAGGAUACGAAACGAUAUCAGACUUGAUGACACUUCAGGAUCAGAUUGAUGCUUUCCAGAAGCUGAUCUUCUCACAUUUCCGAGGCGGCGCCAACAAUGAGAGUAGAAUCGCUGCACUGGUCCCUCUUGUGCAAGAAAGCUAUGGCAUCUACAAAUUUAUUACCAGCAUGCUGCGGGCGAUGCACACGACCACUGGAGAUGACGAUGCCCUUGAGCCUCUGAGGGGACGUUACGAGGGCCAACAUUAUCGACUUGUUAGAUUCUAUUACGAAUGUUCAAACCUGAGAUAUCUGACUAGUUUGAUCACUGUACCGAAACUGCCUCAAGAGCCACCAAACCUGCUUGCAGAGGAUGACGAGAAACCCGCUCUACCAAAAAGGCCAGCAAAGGAGGUCGAAAAACCGCCAUCGCCGGUGCCUGCGAAGGCGGUGGCAGAUCCUGAACCUAUCAAUGACUUCUGGACAAAUGAAGCUAGAAGACAACAAGACGAGUAUGAAGCAGAACAGAGGCGGCUGCAGCAGCAAUGGGAAGAGCAGCAGCGGCAACAGAUGCUUGCCCAACAGCAAGCGCAACGAGAGUUUGAAGAGCAACAAAGAUUACAAGCUGAACAGCAAAGACUAGCACAAGAAGCUUUGAUGCGGGAUCAGUAUCAAGCACAUACCCAAGGCCGCAUGGCUGAACUCGAGCGAGAAAACCUGAAUGCUAGAGCGCAAUAUGAGCGAGAUCAACUGAUGCUACAGCAGUAUGAUCGGAGGAUGAAGGAUUUGGAAGAACAGCUGAGCCAGCUCAACUCCAAUUACCAGAUGCAAAACCAAUCAAAAGACGAUCAGAUCCAGGCACUUCAGGCUCAAGUCAAUACUUGGAGAUCUAAGUAUGAGGCGCUCGCAAAAUUGUACUCCCAGCUCCGACAGGAGCAUCUUGAUUUGCUACAAACCACCAAGUCUCUCAAGCUAAGGGCUGCUUCAGCUCAAGAAGCAAUCGAGAGAAGAGAAAGAUUAGAGCGAGAAAUGAAGACGAAGAACCUAGAAUUGGCAGACAUGAUCCGAGAACGAGACAGGGCCUUGCACGAGAAAGAUCGGACAACAGGUGGCCAUCGCGAAGAGGUCGAGAAGCUGAAAAGAGAGCUUCGCUUCGCGUUAGAGAAGGCCGAAAACGCCGAAAAAGCGAAAGGCUCGGAGCUCUCUUCAAUGCUAGCCAAGUACAACCGGGAAAUGGCCGAUUUGGAGGAAGCACUUCGAAACAAGACCAGAAUACUGGAUGACAUCCGUUCCAAACAUAGUGAACGCGAUGGUGAUCUCGAGACUCAGAUGAAGGAGAAAGAUGAUGAAAUUGAGAUCUACAAGUCAGGCAUGGAGCAGGCCCUGGAGGAACUCGAAGAGCUCAAGCUUACCAAGGGGGACGACGAGGGUGCCCUGGAUGGAGCUAUCGACACUGUGCUGCAAAGCAGCGUUGCAAAGAUCAACGACAUCAUCGAUUCCGUAUUGCAAAGUGGAGUACAACGAGUCGACGAUGCAUUGUAUGAAUUGGAUUCUACCAUGCAAGCAGGAAACCAAAACGCCACACCACCCUACGUUCUCUCGCAAAUCGAGAAGGCCUCGUCUAGCGCCACCGAGUUCUCGACUGCCUUCAACAACUUCAUCGCCGAUGGCCCGAACAGUCCUCACGCGGAUAUCAUCCGCACUGUCUCCAUCUUCGCUGCCUCCAUAGCCGACGUCCUCUCCAAUACCAAGGGCCUCACCCGCUUCGCCACCGACGACAAAAAGGGUGAACAAGUCAUCAACGCAGCGCGCCAAUCCGCAACCUCAACUGUCACCUUCUUCCGGGGCCUCCAAUCCUUCCGCCUGGAAGGUCUCGAACCUACCCAAAAAACCGACGUGGUAGUAAACAACAACCACGAAGUCCUGAUGAACCUGCAAAAGCUCUCCAAGCUCGUCGACACAUUCACUCCCGCCAGCAGCAAGAUCAACACAUCCAAUGCCUCCGGCGAUCUGGGUGAUCUGGUGGACUCGGAAAUGACCAAGGCCGCCGACGCCAUCAACGCGGCAGCUGAGCGGCUCGCUAAACUCCGCAAAAAGCCUCGUGAGGGCUACUCCACCUACGAGCUCCAGAUUCAUGACUCCAUCCUCGAAGCCGCCGUGGCCGUCACUAACGCCAUCGCGCAACUCAUCAAAGCCGCCACGGCGUCGCAGCAGGAGAUCGUCAAGGAAGGGCGCGGCUCCAGCUCGCGAACGGCCUUCUACAAGAAAAACAACCGGUGGACCGAAGGGCUCAUCUCGGCCGCGAAGGCCGUCGCCUCAUCCACCAACACGCUGAUCGAGACAGCGGACGGCGUCAUCUCCGGGCGGAACAGUCCCGAGCAGUUGAUCGUGGCGUCAAAUGAGGUGGCAGCUGGUGGCCGCGUCGCGGGUCAAGGCGACGUUCAUGUCCAAGACUCAGGAACAGUUGGAGCAGGCGAGCAGGAGGGUGGGCGCGGCCUGUCGCGCGUUGGUGCGCCAGGUCCAGGAGAGAUCAUCAAGCAGAGGAGUCGGGAUGAGAAUGGUGCGGAUGGGCUGGAUUACACGAGCUUGAGUGGGCAUGAGUUCAAGGUCAGGGAGAUGGAACAACAGGUCGAGAUCCUGCAGUUGGAGAAUAACCUCGCGGCGGCGCGCGCGAGGUUGGGCGAGAUGAGGAAGAUUUCUUAUCGCGAGUAA